UCGUAGAAUUAGAGAACGAUGUCCAAAAAUGAUGAUCGGAGAAUCAAUCCAACCAAAUCCCACCAUCAAAAUCCCCGUAGGGGACCCAUUCAACGAUCCGACGGCUAGCUUUCCCUCCGUUAACUUUAACUACAACAAUGCAGUCAGUAGUCCUUGCCCUGUCGAUUACCUCGGGUCUCUCCACCGUUACCUACCGUCAAACGACUACGAGUCCGAUUCGUUUAGUGAUGAUUCGGACUUGCCUGUUGAUGCAUUCUCAUGCGACCAUUUCCGGAUGUACGAGUUCAAGGUGAGGAGGUGUGCUCGUGGAAGGUCACAUGACUGGACUGAGUGUCCGUACGCUCACCCCGGUGAGAAGGCCCGAAGAAGGGACCCGAGAAAGUUCCAUUACUCUGGAACUGCUUGCCCCGAUUUUCGCAAGGGAAGCUGUAAGAAAGGCGAUUCAUGUGAAUUCGCUCACGGCGUUUUUGAGUGUUGGCUCCACCCUGCUCGUUACCGUACUCAGCCUUGCAAAGACGGUACCAGUUGUCAAAGAAGGGUUUGUUUUUUCGCUCACACACCGGAGCAGCUUCGCGUGUUGCCGCAGCAGAGUCCGAGAGGAAAUGGGUCCGCUUCAGCUGAUUUGGAUUAUGUUGGUUCGCCCAUGCGCCAUCGUCUAGAGUUUGUUUCUUCACCAACUUCUAUUCUGGCUUCACCUCCAAUAUCCCCACCUUCUGAGUCACCUCCUAUGUCACCCAGUGGCUCAUUUAACUCGGUGAGUGAACUUGCUGCUUCUAUGCGAAGUUUGCAGCUGGGUAAGUCUAAAAUGAAUGGUGCUUGCUCCUGGGGCCUGCAAAUGGGAUCGGGUUUCAGUUCUCCACGUGGUUCCACACUCCGACCCGGUUUUUGCAGCUCUCCUUCAACUCCAACUCGUACGCCGACUCGGUCUAGCCUCGGUCAGUUUGACAUCUGGGAAUUCAACGCUGUCCAAGAGGAACCUGCAAUGGAGAGAGUGGAGUCUGGGAGAGACCUGAGGGCAAGGAUGUACGCAAAACUGAGCAAGGAAAAUUCUAUCGGCCGACUUGAACCAACCGGGUCGGGUCCUGAUGUUGGAUGGGUAACUGAGUUGGUGAAAUGAAGCUAGUUCUUCGUAAUGGGUUGGGUAAUCAGCAUUUAUUUUGAUUUGUUUUGCGGAAUUUAAACAAAAAUCGGUGGCCUUUGAUUCUUCUUGACUUUUUGUGAAUAUUGAUGAUGUAUCUGAUAUUCUGGUUUGGAUAUUUGGCAUUGUAAAUAGACGAGAAGGAAAGAGAGAUCAGAGAAGUCUCUAUUUUGUGGUGCUACUGCCUCUUUUCUUCGAUAUUGUUCAUGGCAAAAAGAAAAAAAAAGGAACUACGACUUUUGUAUAGACAAGAAGGAUUUAUUAGGGCUCUGCCGAAGAAGGGGUAGCGGUUUGCUUCUUUUUCAUUUUCUUUUUCCAUUAUGAAUCACUUAAUUUCCUAUCCAGAUUUUCCCUGUAAUUUCUCCUAUCAUGGAUAAUCAAUGUAAUAUAUUUCUUAUUUUUGUCCUUA